AUGUUAACUAACUCCCUGUCCGGCUUAACAGCUCGAAUUAGCAUUGAGAAGCUAGUGACCUACAGGAAAGAGUGCACUCAAGGUCCAGAUGUACCAACCUCUUCCAAAAUUCUUGUUCGGAAUGUUAAUCCGGAAUGGGAUUUCAGAAUCCAGAAUGUGUCUCUGGAAUUCGUCAUUUACAACUCCGAAAUGGAAGUAAACGCACCCCACCCUUGGACUAGAGAAGAAGAGAUUACGCUCGUUGAGGCUUGGAUAACCAUUGUGGAUGGCAUGGUUGUGAUUUUUCUGCCACAUCUCAUAUGCUUAUCUCCGGGUUCUCACAACAACUGUCCGCGAAAUAGGCACAACCGAAAAGGAAAUUGUGGAGUUCUUGGCGAUUUAAGUUUCUUGGUUUUAAUGGACACCAAUCAACUUACUAAAGAAGAGAUUUUGUUGUUGACAAGAUACUAUCUUGAUGACUUUAGGAGAAGUGAGAUAUUUAAAAGAUCCGCUGAUAAGUUUGCCAGGGAAGCAAAAAUUGAUGAAACUCAACCGCUCGUUGGAACAUUGUGGGAAUAUAAUGAGCUAUGCUGGAAAGAAUGCAGGGAUCUUGAUUAUUGGACUUAUUUCUGUGAUAAAAAACUCAAAACACUCAGAGGAAACACAUUUCAGAGUAAUGCCUUAACUAAUACAACCACAAAUCAGCAACACUUGAGUGUUGAUCGAUCAGGAAUUGAAGUUUUUAACUUUCCAAGCGUGAUCUUCGGUUCAUCAAGAGAUUAUCUGUUGAUACUAAAACAAUACAUUGAUAAUUACAUUCUGAGAGAUGUGUAUAAAACACUCUUUGUCAAAGAAGAAAUUGAUGCAAAAAAACAAGAUGUUGGAUCUAGUUCAAAGAAACGACGUGUAUGUAGUGAUGAAAAUGUGAAGAUUGAAAGAUAAAGGUAUGUAGAGUUUGAGGACAAAACGGUAGUAGAGUUUUAUUAUUUAAUACUUCUGGAAAGAUGGUAAUGUUUAGUUUUUCUAUCUUCUUAAAAACCUUGUUUAAAGCAUAUCUGUUUUCUAAUAAUGUUCCGAAGUUGUCUUCUAGACUUUUCGUGGUUUUUUAAUGGCUUUUUUUUUCUUCAGAUUUGUAAUAUUUAUUGCAUCCGUUUGCAGUAGAAUCCUUGGGUGAAAAUUUAUGAAAAAGACAAAUGCAAGAUUACAAUAAAUGAAUCUUAAUUUCUUGUAAUACUAAUACCUUCGAACAACACUAAAAUAUGCCACCGGUUAGGGAUAAAUGCAAGAAAUAGCAAUGUAGUUUUAUUGAUUCGAUUAUUAUAACAUCCAGCUUCAUUUAUUUCUAGAGUAAAUUACAUGAAUGGUCCUUUAAGUUUGCACUUUUUCCCUGAAGUAGUCCCUACGAAAGUUGUUUCCUUCGGAUGGUAUCUAUGGACG